UGAUGCCGGACUUUUACCAUACAAUGCCUUUCAAAGUGCUUUACCUCUUUGUCAUAAACAUUAUGAUGUCAAGUUGAUGUUAUGAUCUUCUUCCGUUCCCUUGAGUUGUGUUCUGCGUAGCAGGAACCAUCAUUGCCAACUUGUCCAUGGCAUCUUUUAGUUACAACGCUGCUCACACUCUGCGCGCCGUUGUUUCUCGUCCGUCGCUCUUCCUAGGUGGACAUCAUCACCAGAUACGCCCUACUCGACCCUAUCGCUGUCUUUCGUGUCGGAGUAAGCUCAUAGCACACCAGUAUCCAUCAUCGCAAUGCGCACGCCACCUACAUGGUUCCUUAAUAAGGGCUGCAGAGCCUCCUAAGUCUCGAUAUAGGGGUCCAGAGAGCAAGGAAGAGACGCAGACCGACUUUGCCGAUAUGAAUAUAUUGAGGAACACUCCGACCCCUGCAUCUUCAAUUGAUGCAUGCACGACCGAUGGCUUUCGUUUGAGUAGCGGGGAGCAGAUAAAAGACAGUGGUGUGCUCCUCGUGCAUGGGCAAGCUUUCAACUGGAGGCCGUGGACACGAGAAAUUGAGAAUGGCACUGUUGCUGACAUCCAGAGCGGAAGCGAGACAUUGCGGAAUGCGAAAGGAUUAUGGGAGGUCAGGAAAGAUGCUUGGGGUCUUCUAGAGAUGGUAUGGCCUAAACCAGAUCUACUCAUCAUCGGGACAGGCCCCAAUGUGAUGCCUAUAUCUCCUCGAACUCGAAAACACAUCAACGACUUGGGCAUAAGAAUCGAGGUCUCGGAUACUCGUAAUGCUGCAGCUCAGUACAAUCUUCUUGCAACUGAAAGAGGCUUGCAAGAAAUAGCCGCCGCCAUCAUACCAAUCGGUUGGAAAGAAGGGAGAUAGAAGAGAAUCAUCUCUUGCCCUGCGGAGCUGAGCAACGGUGUAAUUGAGCUGCGAAGCCACUUGUGCAUCAGUACCUUAAGUCGAAAAGCUCAUACUUGGAGCUCUCACCACAUUGUACCAAUAGUCUAGUUGGAAGAGGUCAGCCUGAGUAGCUUAGGCGGUUGAACACGAUGACUAUGCGGUAGUCCAGCUGGUGAAGUUUGAGUAAAGCAUUGUACAUAUGUAGCAAUUAAUGGGUAUAUACCAAUUAGGGACAGGCUCAAACAUUUAUGUAUAUCUUCCGUUAGGAACACCAAGUGGCAC